AUGAGCUAUCCAUCAGUACUAUUCCACAAAGCAGCCUCAGAAACAGCCCUCUUUGCUAUGAGUAUAAUCUUCGGUAGCAGCUUGUCGAUGGGAGUAGUUUUGUUCACAUGCUACGCCAGAAAAUACCCUGAGUUCUUGAAAAUCUGCACCUUUCUCGGAAAAUUCGACCAUGAUCUACAACUGGAGUCACCAGAAUACUGGAUUACAGAGAAUGUUCCGAUCAUCGUCAUAUCUACAGUAACUCCAAUAAUUCUAGAAGGAUCAAAGCAGUAUGCCAUGUCCAUGAUGGAAGAGCAUGAAUUAGUGAUAAGAAGAAUUAUAGCGUAUUUUUACGUGACGGCUGCGCUCUGUGGAAAAACUGUUAUGUUAAUCCACUUCCAACAUGUUGCCUGUGGCAUAGCAAAAAGGUUCAGACUCGUGAACUCCAGGAUCAGACUACUAGUGAUGAAAGAGAGCCUUAGAUUGUCUGUCCUGCGCCGCAACCCACCAUACGUUGAUCGUAGGCAGGACUAUACAUCCUGUAAGAAGUUCAAGUCCCUCCUGAGUGCCUACCAUCUGCUAUGUGACGCGGUAUAUCAAGCCAACGUCUUCUAUGGUUACCUAUUGUUGGCAACCAUCUUUUGUACAUUUAUCACCAUCACUGAAUGUCUCUACUUCUUCUCCCUAUUUAUUAUUGAUGGAAAAGUAAUAAUAAGUGUAACUAUCAGUAUUUGGAUCUUUAACAAUGCCACUUUCCUGGUGCUGAUCGCUCGGUGUGGCUCUCAUGUCUCUGAGAUGGCAGGCGACACUGCACCGCUCAUCCGCAAGCUGAUCAAUGAGAACGUAGGCUCAGGACUGAGAGAAGAGUUGAAGUCGUUUUUGUUGCAGUUAGUCGGUACAAAUGUUGAAUUUAAUGCUGGAGGAUUUUUCCAAAUCAAUAAAGAAACUUUAACUUCGAUAGCCGCUGCUGUGACUACCUACCUUGUGAUCAUGAUACAAUUUGAAACUCAAUCCAAGUAG